UUAAAGGUGAAUGGAUGACACGAAAACACGCACGCGCAAACAAGAGCUAAAUACCAGCCCCUCCCCGACCCAACCUACCUAUAGAGUGGGUGACUCGGGAGCACAAAAUAGUAACCAGGUCUUUUAUAGCCCUGCGGCUCCCGUGAUGCCCAGCGCGGCGUUUGUGAUUGGCUAAACGGCGUCCUCUUCGGGAGGUUACGUGAUUUGGAGCAAUCGUUGCCUAGGGGCCGGGCUCUGAGAGCGCGGCCGCGGCCAGCCACGGCUCGAACCCGUCCUGGGCUCGGGAGCGCGCACGUUGCGACCCGCCCUCCAGCCGCCUCCGCCGCCGCCGCCCGCCCGCGCUCCCGCUCCCCGCCCGCCUGCCCGCCGGUUUCUUGUAUAGAAGCUGCCUGAGUCCUAGAACGCGCGGCUCGCGGAGCAGCUUGCCCGGCGCGGAGGGACUCGAGAACCGCCUGAGCUAUGGCCGCCAUCCGAAAAAAGUUGGUUAUAGUUGGUGAUGGUGCAUGUGGGAAGACGUGCUUGCUGAUUGUAUUUAGCAAAGACCAAUUCCCUGAAGUUUAUGUGCCCACAGUGUUUGAAAAUUAUGUAGCAGAUAUUGAAGUGGAUGGAAAACAGGUGGAGUUGGCUUUGUGGGACACAGCUGGUCAAGAAGAUUAUGAUCGCCUUAGACCUCUUUCCUACCCAGAUACUGAUGUUAUACUUAUGUGUUUUUCCAUCGAUAGCCCUGAUAGUUUAGAAAACAUCCCAGAGAAAUGGACCCCAGAGGUGAAGCAUUUCUGUCCCAAUGUGCCCAUUAUUCUUGUUGGGAACAAGAAGGAUCUUCGAAAUGAUGAGCACACGAGACGAGAGCUGGCCAAGAUGAAGCAGGAGCCAGUGAAACCUGAGGAAGGCAGAGAUAUGGCAAAUCGGAUCGGUGCAUUUGGUUAUAUGGAGUGUUCAGCAAAGACCAAAGACGGUGUGAGGGAGGUUUUUGAAAUGGCCACAAGAGCGGCUUUACAAGCCAGACGUGGAAAGAAAAAGUCCGGGUGCCUUGUCUUGUAAACACAAUGGAAAGCCCAGGCCCUCGCUCGGUUAAUUUUUGAAGUGCUGUUUAUUAAUCUUAGUGUAUGAUUACUGGCCUUUUUCAUUUAUCUAUAAUUUACUUUAAGAGAUUUACAAAUCAGAAAUCAUCUUGCUACCAGUAUUUAGAAGCCAACCAUGAUUGUUUAAUGACAGUCUGUGUCCAACACAUCUGUGCACACCAGGGUCCCUCUGACAUUACUCUUAAUAACCUUCUUCAUUCUCCCAACCAGCACAUCUGGCACUAAUUCAAGGGAAUUCUUAACUUCUUGCUUCUUUCUAGAAAGAGAAAAGGUGAUAACUUUUGUGAAUUGGGCUUUAACUACUUUUAUACCUAACAUGUCCUGUUGCUGUUAGCUGCAGGGCCCUCUGGGGAAUAAAUACAAAGUCACUUCAGAGCAGGACCUCUUCUAAGGCUUUUAUUGGUAUAGCUCUGGGGUAUUAUUCAAUUGUUUGAAAAUGGGACACAGCCAGAGAUGGCAAGUCCCCAUACAGCUGUGGCAAAGCUGCAGUUCUGUGGUUUCAUGUUAGUUACCUUAGAGUUACUGUGUAAUUAGUGCCACUUAAUGUAUGUUACCAAAAAAUAAAUAUAUCUACCCCAGCUUAGAUGUAGUAUUUUUUGUAUAAUUGGAUUUCCUAAUACUGAUAUUUGUUAUCUCUACAGAAGGUCUCUUUGGGUUUGUUUUUGUUUGUUUUUUUUUUUUUUAAGAAAGUACAUUUGAACAUAAAGUCAGAUGGAAAAACAUUUGAAAUCCCUUUUUGUCAUUUUCUCCAGUGAAUGACAGCCAUUAGCAGUUCCUUUUCUGCACAACAUAGCCCAGUAUCCACCCCUGUCUCUUGGAGCUGGGGUCAGUGAAUGGGGAAUUGGUUCCACCCCAAGGCAAUGCCAUGGUUCAGAGUGAUUGGUCUGAACUCAAGUUGCAGCAUCUUGGUCUAUAUAAUGUUUCUUUAUUUCUUACUCUUACAGUGGUGACUCCCCUUAAUCUCCUGGGGGAACUUGUUACCCAUUCUCUUUGUUGGUGGCCAAAGUCCCCCUUGGAACUUCUCAUUCCUCUCCAGAUGACUAAACUUUUUUCUGUAUCAGUUAAUUUUUUCCAACUACUAAUAGAAUAAAGGCAGUUUUCUAAACUUCCUG